UUCAUCAUGCAAUAUGUUGCUAUCCAGAAGUAUUGCCUUCCUCUUCUCAAAACUCUGUUUGACCUUUCUCACUUUCCAUUAUUUGCUCCAGGACCGUUGAAAUGAAUCAUCUUGCAAUAGUUGUUUAUAAAUAAAUUCACCGAACGUACUUCUUUGUUCUAAAUUUGAAUUUGGUGGUUACAACUAUUUGAAUACCGGUCGUCGAAUCACGUUCGUUCAUUUUGAAAAAUGCACCAAUGGCAAGUAGGCUUUCCCCGUGUGUAUCUGACGGCCGUUUCUGUCAGAAGUUUAUAAAAGAACUGAUGGGUAUCCGCUUGCAAACUAUUCAUCUUGCAGAUUCAGUCCAAUAUAUGGGAGAUACGUUUUAAAAGUGUACCUCAAGUUAUUUUUGAGUGACAGUUUUUAUUUGAGUUUCCUUUUAUUCGACCUGGUGAACAAUCCUUAAUACUCUAUACAAUGGCCGAAGUUAUGAAUGUUUCUACUCCAUUAGAAUCAACCGAAGUUAGGUGUCAAGAGAAGACCAGAGGGGGGUUGAAAUAUGAGGUGAUCCUAGGCGAACCAGAAGUCAAGGCAACUCCACCAAAGAAAGAAACAUCCUCAAAAUCUAAUCUUUCCUAUGAAGUAAUCGAAGAGAAACUCAAAGCUGCCGAAGAACGUAGACAGCAAAUAGAAUCCAACAAAAUCGCCUCGCUGGCAGCGAAAAUGCAGAAAAUCGAGGAGGCCUCCCGUAAAAAGGACGAACAAACCACCCAAUUUAUAUCCCAAACCAAAGAGGCUCUGGACCAGAAGAUGGAAACCCACACGGAGAAACGCGAGGCUUAUAUCACCGAUUUGAAAACCAAACUGAAGGAUCACAUUGAAAAUGUAGAGAAAACCAGACAAUCCCUUGAUCUACAGACCGAAGAAGUUAGGUUGGCAAUGGAAGAGAAAUUGAAUUCCGCCAACGCCCUACGAGAUGAGAACAUCAAAAAGAUGUUGGAACGCCUGAAGGAACACGAGGAACAGGUGCAAAAAGUCAGGGCUAGCAAUAUGACAAAACUACAACAGCUUGAAACCACAGUACAAGAGAAACUGGAGUUGGCACAGUCGAGAAGAGAGCAAUUGGAACAAGAACAAAAGGAGAAAUUGAGGAAUUACAACGAACGUAUGGUAGAAGUUAAAACCACUGUUGAGAAUGCAGAGGAAAGCAGGAAAACAGAGAAGGUUACAAAAAUAGAGACCAAACUAUCGAUAGCCGAGCAAAACAGGGAAAAGGAAAUUCAAAAGAAAUUAGAGAUUGCUAAGAAAUAUGAAAAACGGGCUGAGGCUGUUCGUCAGAAUAAAGCAAAUAUUCUUGCCAGCAAGGAAAAUCCAUCAAGUGGUUAAAUGUCCGAAGGCGUAGUGAAUUUAUAAUAUUUAUCAUAUAAAAGUAUCAAGAUUGAGGCGAAAACUCGUUUAUUUACAUAGACAAAACUUUUGAUCUCAAUCUUGGUUCUUUUAUAUUCAGGAUUCAAAAUAUCGUUCAGGAGGAUAUUCUGUAGUUGGGUUCUUCUCUUGAAAGUAUUGCUUUUAGACUGAUAAAUUAUGUGAUUUCUUUUAACAUUUUAUUUUUUCUCUAAUGUAUUCCUAUUAAGAAUAUUACAUGAUGCUCACUUGAAACUGUUACUUAAAUUCAUUUGAAUAAUAUUAUAGCGGAUAUUGAACUAUCAGACUUUCAAGGUAAGUCAGAAACUAAGUUAGGAAUAAAAAUUAAUAUGUGUAUACAAAAGUAAUAUACUUUUUUGGAAACGACCAGCUAGCUUUAGCAAUUUGUGUGGAACUUGAAUAGGAUAUAUCAAGGAUCUUAAUGCACAUUUUUGAUGAAAAGAAUUUCCAUAUUUUUUUAUUCCAUAUUUUGAUAUUUUUAAUUGUAGAGUAGAAUAUAUCAGUUUAUGUUGUAAUGUGCAUCAUAAGUAAUCAAAAUCAUAUUGUUACAUAACAAAAUUGUGUCUGAAGAUUCUUCGUAAUAAUUUGUUUCAGUGUAGUAACCUUUGGAAUAAAAAACUGUUUUUAAUGUUUAGUUUUUAGUGUGGUGUUUCUUUGAAAUUAAUGAAAAUCUUCAAAUCUAGAAGAGAAUAUAUAGAUCCGAAGCUGGGUUAUUACUUUGAAAUAAUUACUUCCAAAGAAAAGAGGAUAAUCAAUGUAAAAUUUUUGUGCUUCACUAAUCAAAGGAAGGGCUUGCCCAUAUCAUUAAGAGAAUAUGCCUCGUCUGCCUUGUAAGUGAUUGCUGAAAGAGUAUGUUUGUAAAAAUUUAUGCUUAGCAGUUUAGUUAUUCCAGUUUGUUCUAUUCAUCUUACUCUGAAAUGUUUUUAUCAAAGUUAUCGAAAAGAACAUACUUGAAACACUAGACAGGCUUCUGUGAUCAAAUGUUGGAAUAUCUUAAUAAAUUUAUAAAGCGAUUAACUUGCUAAAAUUAUUUAAUAUAGUGUUUGUGUAGUGAAUUGGUCACCCUACAUUUUAUUGUCCUUGUUUUCCAUUAAUGUUCAUUUUUUUUACGAAUUUGUAUUUCGAUUUUAUUAAACUGAAAGUAGGUUAAGAUGUUUCUUUCACCAAUGUUGCUUAAUAAAAAUUACUAAACCAUA